AUGACACAAGCAUUUGGUCUUUCGUUACAAAGAAAAUAUCAUGUCUUAUCCAACAACAACAACAACAGCAGAAAACGGAAAACGGGAGCACUUUAUAAACGACCGUUAUGGAUAUCGGGAUUCCUGAUCUAUACCCUUUCCACACUGGUGGGAUCCACUUGUACCAUUGGGUAUCUACCGAUUGUUAUUCUGGCACCGGUAGGAGCCAUGGGUUUAGUCUUCAAUGCUAUCUUUGCCAAACUCAUCUUGGGCGAUCCGUUUACAAGAAAGACCCUUCUCGGGACUGCAUGGAUUGCAUUGGGAGCUGGUCUCAUUGCCGGAUUUGGAACAACUCCUGAAGCGAAACAUACAUUAAAAGAUUUGAUGACACUUUACAAACGACCUUCCUUCAUCAUUUACUUUUCAGUAGUGGAAGUGUUUACAAUAGUGGGACUCGGCAUGACGCAUUUGAUAGAAUAUAUCCUACAUUCACGACAACAAUCCAAAUGGUGGUGGGCCUUACAGCAUCCAAAUAUAAAGACUUGGCUUGGGAUCAGUUAUGGCGUUUUUGGUGCCAAUAUCAGUAGUCAAGCCAUGUUGUUUGCCAAAAGUGGUUUGGAACUCUUGAUAUUGACGUUAUUUCAUGGUGAAAAUCAAUUUAUUUAUCCUUUGACGUGGGUCAUUGUCUUGGCUUUGAUCUUCACCGCUCUCUUACAGUUGUACUAUUUAAAUCGCGGUGUUCAAUUAUGUGAUACCAUCAUUUUGGUGCCUUUGAAUUUCUGUUCCUUCAAUGUCUCUUGUCUCUUUAACGGAUUGUUUUAUUACAAUCAAUGGGAUAGCUUGGGUUGGUGGCCACUCAUGGCGGUGCUCAUGGGUAUUUGUGUUUUAAUUCAUGGUGUGUUGCUCAUUUCAUUUCAUCAUAGCCAUCAACGUCAAUCCAUCUUUUUAUCCGAUGACGAUACCGACGAGGAGGAGCACCACCGUCGUGAUCAUACACCCUUUGUAAAAACGUCAACGCAUGAGGAAGAGACAGCUAUGCUAUCUCCAUUGUUGAACGAGCAAGAAGCAGGUGGUGGGGUCGUAGUAGAAGAAAGAGACAACGAGGAUACCCACUUGAUAGAUAUCAGGGGCCAACCCGGAGAAAGAGGAUAG